AAAACCCUUACCAAAGCCCCUCCUUUCUCUUCCUUUCUUUUCUAUUUUAAACUCCCAAACUCGCUAUACAAUUCUGGAUUCAAUCGAAUCCAAAAUCCGCUCAAAAUCUAGGGUUUCUAGACAUUGAUUUUUAGUGCCGGUUUCGGUUGGAUUUUAUCAUUGUGAAGAGGGAGCAAAAUUCUAUCCGUUAGGGUUUUCGAGUUGGCACAGAUCUGAGUCUCGGAAGAAUUGGACGAGUUGAUUAGUGCUCCGAUUUUGAAGAAUUCACCAUAUUUUGGAGUAUGGCUGGGCUGUCUACUGCGUCUCCUAAAAAUGGCAUCGAUGGUAGGAAGAAACCCAACUUGCUGAUAACCGGAACCCCGGGAACGGGGAAGACAACGACAGCGUCGGCGCUGGCAGAGGCCGCUCAGCUCCGACACAUCAACAUUGGUGACCUGGUUAAGGAGAAGAACUUGCACAACGGUUGGGAUGACCAGUUCGAGUGCUACAUCAUCAAUGAAGACCUGGUCUGUGAUGAACUUGAAGAUAUGAUGGAAGAAGGGGGCAACAUUGUGGAUCACCAUGGCUGUGAUUUUUUCCCAGAACGAUGGUUUGAUAGGGUUGUGGUGCUUCAAACUGAGAAUUCUUUGUUGUAUGAUCGAUUAGCUAGGAGGGGUUACACGGGUUCAAAGCUUUCGAACAACAUUGAAUGCGAAAUCUUUCAGGUGUUACUAGAGGAAGCGAAAGAGAGUUAUCAGGAAGAAAUUGUUGUUGCUUUGAGAAGUGAUUCAAUAGAUGACAUAAACAAUAAUGUAUCAACUUUAUCUGAUUGGUUGAGGAGUUGGAACAUGUCCUGACCAGAUCCUAAAUGGUCGUCAUUGUAUUACUUUAUUGUAAUGCAUAUUUUUAUACUUCAGUUUUGAAAUCUCAAUCAGCCGAGUGGAAUGUUUUAUUACUAA